AUGAAAACCCCACACUUGACGCCUUUCACAUGCGCUGUCUUCGUGCCAUAUACUGAUCUUACUCUACAUUAUCUAUCUAUCUAUCUAUCUAUCUAUCUAUCUAUCUAUCUAUCUAUCUAUCUAUCUAUUCAGCCCUAUCCUUCCAUAUCUAUCUACCUAUCUAUUUAUCCAACCCUAUCCUCCCAUAUCUAUCUAUCCGUCCAGCCCUAUCCUUCCAUAUCUAUCUAUCUAUCUAUCUAUCUAUCUAUCUAUCUAUCCAGCUCAAUCCUUUCGUAUCUAUCUAUCUAUCCAGCUCAAUCCUUUCGUAUCUAUCUAUCUAACCCAAUCCUUUCGUAUCUAUCUAUCUAUCUAUCUAUCUAUCUAUCUAUCUAUCUAUCUAUCUAUCUAUCUAUCUAUCUAACCCAAUCCUUUCCUAUCUAUCUAUCUAUCUAUCUAUCUAUCUAUCUAUCUAUCUAUCUAACCCAAUCCUUUCAUAUCUAUCUAUCUAUCUAUCUAUCUAUCUAUCUAUCUAUCUAUCUAUCUAUCUAUCUAACCCAAUCCUUUCGUAUCUAUCUAUCUAUCUAUCUAUCUAUCUAUCUAUCUAACCCAAUCCUUUCAUAUCUAUCUAUCUAUCUAUCUAUCUAUCUAUCUAUCUAUCUAUCUAACCCAAUCCUUUCGUAUCUAUCUAUCUAUCUAUCUAUCUAUCUAUCUAUCUAUCUAUCUAUCUAUCUAUCCCAAUUGUCACUCUCUCUCCCACUCUCUCUCUCUCAUCCUCUUACACACACAUACGCAUUCGCGUAUACACUGACAUAUUCGCGUAUUCAGAAAGUACGUAAGCAAGAAAGACAAAAAAGCGUACCUGUGCCCGCCUCUCGCCACACACCUAAACCUGAGAAGGGUUUUUCGAUUUUCAACUUAACGAAUCCAUUUUCGCCUACCUACCUUAAUCCUUUCAUAUCUAUCUAUCUAUCUAUCUAUCUAUCUAUCUAUCUAUCUUAUAGCCAGUCUUGUCUUCUUUUUCUUUCUUCUUCUUUCUUCUUUUCUAUUUACUUUCUUUCUUUAUUCUUUAUUUAUUAUUUCCUUUCUGUCGUAAUUCCUUUUCCUUUUCUUUCUUACUUUUAUUUCUUUCUGUUAUUCUUUGUUCUUUCUUUUCUUUUCCUUCUUUCUUUCUUUCUUACUUUCUUUCUUAACUUUUUUCUUUCUUUCUUUUCUUUUGUUUUCCUUCUUUCUUUCUUACUUCCUUUCCUUAUUUCUUUUCUUUUCUUUCUUUCUUUCUUUCUUUCAUUCUUUCUUUCUUUCUUUCUUUCUUUCUUACAUCCUUUCCUUAUUUCUUUUCUUUUUCCUUCUUUCUUUCUUUCUUUCUUUGAAAUUAACUUUUCUUUUUUUCUUUCUUUGUUUCUUCCUUUCUUUGAAAUUUCCUUUUCUUUCUUUCUUUCUUUCUUUCUUUCUUUCUUUCUUUCUUUGAAAUUAACUUUUCUUUUUUCUUUCUUUGUUUCUUCCUUUCUUUGA